CAACGUGCCCAAGAAAGUAUGAAAGAGCUUCGGCCCCAUACCAGAGAGCGACCUGCCCCCUGGACACGAGCCCAGCUUCUGUCCCGAGGGCAGGGGGCUGGUCCCAUGGGGGCAAACUCAGCUCCCUUCCCUAGAGCAUCCGGACUCCUGGGCACAAGCCCAGCUACCAUCCCGAGAGGGGUUGAACUCCAAAACAUGAACCAGGAUCUCCUGCCAAGUCCUGGUGGCCUCUUGGGUACAACUCCAGCUCCCAUGCCAGGUGGGGCCAUGUGCUUGGGCCAGAACUGUGCUCCUAGCACAAGGGGGACCCGAGCUCAAGACACAAGUCAAGCUCCCUUCCCCAGGACAGGUGGCCUCUUGGGCAUUAGCCCGACUCCCAUCCCAAGGGGCACUGGAGCCCUGGGCCCAAAUCCAGCUAUCUUCCCAAGGGCAGGUGGCCUCCUGGGUGCUAGCCCAGCUCCCACCUUGCUGGGAACUGGAGCCGUGGGCCAAAGCCCAGUUCCCCUACCAAGGGCAGGUGCGCUCCUGGGCCCAAGCCCAGUUCACACCCCAAGGACAGGUGGCCUCCUUGGCACUAGUCCAACUUCCACCCCCAGGGGCAUGGGUGCUGUGGGCCAGAACCCAGCUACUCUUCCAAGAGCAGGUGGGCUCCUGGGCCCGAGCCCCGCUCCCAUCCCUAAAGCAGGUGGCCUCCUAGGCACUAGUCCGGCUCCCAUCUCAAGGGGCACUGGAGCCCUGGGCCCCAGACCAGGUCCCGUUCCUAGGGCAGGUGGCCUCCUGGGCCCCAGCCCAGCUCCCAUCUCAAGGGGCACUGGAGCCCUGGGCCUCAGACCAGGUCCCGUCCCGACAGCGACCGGAGCCCUGGGCCCCAGACCAGGUCCCGUUCCUAGGGCAGGUGGCCUCCUGGGCCCCAGCCCAGCUCCCAUCUCUAAAGCAGGUGGCCUCCUAGGCACUAGUCCGGCUCCCAUCUCAAGGGGCACUGGAGCCCUGGGCCCCAGACCAGGUCCCGUCCCGACAGCGACCGGCACCCUGGGCCCCAGACCAGGUCCCGUCCCGACGGCGACCGGCGCCCUGGGCCCCAGACCAGGUCCCGUCCCGACGGCGACCGGCGCCCUGGGCUCCAGACCAGGUCCUGUUCCUAGGGCAGGUGGCCUCCUGGGCCCUAGUCCAGCUCCCAUCCCAAGGGGCACUGGAGCCCUGGGCCCAGGCCCAGCUCUAAUCCCCAAGCCAGGUGGUCUUCUGGGUCCAAAUCCAGCUCCCAUCUUAGUGGGAACUGGAGCCCUGGGCCCAAGCCCAGCCCCCAUCGUGAGGGCAGGUGGCCUCCUAGGCCCAAGCCCGGCUCCCAUGCCGAGGGGGACUGGAGCCCUGGACCUGGGCCCGGGCCCAGCUCCCAUGCCGAGGGGGACUGGCCUCUUCACCACUAGACCAGCUGACACUCUAUCUAUGAAUCCGUUCCCCUUUCCCAGGGAAGGAGGACCCUCAAGUGCAACCCCAGCUACCAUUGCAGGGAUUGGCUCACCCUUGUGCAUGAACCUGGCUCCCAGCACAAGGGCUGGUGGCCUCCCAGGUGUGAGCCCAGCUCCAGUUCCAAGAACAACUGGCUCCCUGGGCAUGAACACUGCUCCCAUCACACAGGGGCCUGCCAUGCUGGACACUAGACCUACCGGUCCCCUGGGUCAAUCUCCCUUCCCUGGGGCAGCUGGUCCCCAGAGUGUGAACCGGACUCCCUUCCCCAGGGUGGGUGAGCCCCAGAGCAUGAACCCAGUCCCCUUCUCCAAAGCAGCUGGCCCCCUGGGGCCAAACCCAACUCCCUCCUCCAGGCCAACUCCCUUCCCCACGCCUGCUGGCCCCAUGGCUGUGAACCCAGCUAUCCUCUUUCCUAAUGGGACAUUGUCAUCUCCCAUUAACAACACAGCCAGGCUGCGGUGGUGCUGAUUCUCUCCUGACCCCCUACCCUGGAGAGAAGAGCAAGAGUGCAGCCAUAUGCCUGCCACCUGCCUUGCCAAUGAACCAAGACCUAGCACAGUCUCAGCUUUUCCUAGAGCCAUGCUAGGUUCUGGACUCCAGCAGCCCCUCGUUCUCCUAGAUGUGGUGGAGCCCUGUGUUUGGGUGACGCACUCCUCAGGGAAUGCAGCUCUCAGGCCCAGUGACUCCAGCACUACCACCUUGCCUGCACAGCAGGGAAUCCAGGAGGCCUCAUCUGUCUGGCAGUAGUGCUCGGAACUGGAACAGUGAGCCACGGGAGCUGUUCUGAAGCAGGCCCCUGGGUGUAACCCCGACCACGCAGCUGCUGCUGGAGACAGCAGGUGGCAUCACCUUUCCUGCUCAGCUAGGAGCCAACUGACCUUUUGUUCUGGUUUUGUGUUCCUUCUUCCUGCCCCUUGAAUAAAAGUGACAGGAGGGUCAGUGGGCCUGCACUGUCUCCUGUGUCAUCUCAGCGCCACAGGAACAGCGACCCUGCCUCAGCCAGGAGGGACAGGGCCAUGCUGAACACUGAACCCUCAUUACUGCAGCAUGGAGCAGCUGCUAUUCAGCUACUGGAGUAAACACUUGGGAAUUCUGCCCCCCUUGGGCCCCUGCAGGGCAAGGCUGGGGCGGAAGUGGCCCUGCCUGGGUGGCAGGAGCGUAGACUGAGGUGGCCCUGCUGCUCAUGAACAUGGCCCUGGGGGAGGCACUCCGUUACCAAGCCAGGCUCCUGGCAGAGCUGCUCUGGCCAUGGGUGGGGACUCAGUUCUAGGGCCAAGAAGGCAGCUGCCCCCCCAAGAUACUUCCCCAGCCUUCUUGUGUGCAAAUCUCUUUAUUAUGACAAAUCCAUUGUGAUAUAAAAACAGACCUUUUAAAAAAAUGAAAAAAUGCAGGUAAAAAAUAAAUAGAUUUACAAAC